AUGAAGUCUCUUCUCGCCGUCGCCGCCCUCGCGGCCAGUGCAUCAGGCCAUGCCAUCAUGCAGAAGCUCUCCGUCAACGGCCAGGACCAAGGCCAGCUCAAGGGCGUCCGGGCCCCGAGCAGCGACUACCCUCUUUACAGCCCAAAUGAUGCAAACUUCGCCUGCAACACAGGCAUCAUGUAUAAGGACACAAAUGUGAUUAGCAUCCCGGCUGGUGCAAAGGUUGGAGCUUGGUGGGGUCAUGUUAUCGGGGGUGCCCAGGGCGCAAACGACCCGGACAACCCGAUCGCAAAGAGUCACAAGGGGCCCAUCUCUUAUUACCUGGCCAAGGUUGACAACGCGGCAAGCACAGGCACCAGCGGCCUCAAGUGGUUCAAGGUCGCCCACGAGGGUCUUUCCGGCGGGAAAUGGGCGGUGGAUAACAUGAUCGCCGGCGGCGGCUGGCACUACUUCACUUUGCCCUCGUGCAUUGCUCCCGGCGACUACCUCCUCCGCGUCGAGCUCAUCGCGCUGCACAGCGCCGGCACCCAGGGGGGCGCACAGUUCUACAUGGAGUGUGCCCAGAUCCGGGUCACUGGCUCGGGCACCAACACUGGAGGCCACUUUGUCAGCAUGCCGGGUCCAUACUCACCGACUGACCCCGGUGUUCUGGUCAACAUCUACGACAACUCUGGCCAGCCGUACAUGGGCGGCAAGAGCUACUCGAUCCCCGGCCCGGCCCCGAUUACGUGCUCUGGAAGCUCCAACGGCGGGGGCUCCUCUGAUGGCGGGCCUGGCUCGGGCUCGGGCUCCGGUUCAGGGUCGGGCUCCGGCUCCGGCGCCGGCGCGGCCCUCUGGGCUCAGUGCGGUGGGAUAGGCUACACGGGACCAACAACCUGCGCACAGGGAACCUGCAAGGCCACCAACGAGUACUACAGCCAAUGUGUUGCUUAA